AUUUUUCGUGUUCGUCGCGUUCAUGCUAGUUCAAUCACUAGUAUUAUACCUAAAUACUCGAAGAGUGGAAAACCGUAUAACUGCGGAAUUGUCUGCUAUCAAAAGAUCACAGCGAAACUCAAGCGCUAAUACCGAUUUGCUACAAAAAAUCAACGAUCUCGACCAAAAUAUAAGCCUGAUGGGCUAUGAAGUUCGCGACAUCAAAAAUGGCGUUGGCGGUCGCGAUAGUAAUUCCGGUUCUCGACGCUUCGGGUCUAAUAGAUUGCCUCAAGAUUACACCGGCGAUAUUCGAACCCUCUGGCAAGAUUUCGAUCGUCUAUUCAAAGAAAAAUGCAGACUAGAAAAACGAACCGAGUCAUCAAUGUAUUCCAAAAUUUCAGAAGAAAUAAGGGAGCUGGGCCAGCGUCUUGGAGAUGCGACUAUCCGGAAAUUCCACAAGUGUCUUACUAGAAAUCCGACGGAAGAAACUAUAGAAUGUAUUAGAUUAUGGGUAGAUAAUGAGAGGGAGUUAGAUACAGAGGUAGAGGAGGAAAAUAGUGAUAGCGCUGGACCUAACAGGACGAGAGAAUAG